AAUACAAAUAAAAACAAAUAUAUGUGUGGUGUGGCACAAACAACAAAUUUCAUCUAAAGAAUUGUGUAACGACGCUAUAAAAAUGAAUAAAACCAUAUUGCAUUGGAGUUAUUUGAAUUUCAAGGAUGUACCCAUGGACUUGUUUCUAUAUGAGGAUCUCGAAGAGGUUUAUCUCAAAGAGAACUAUAUAUCAGUUAUACCCAAAUGGCUAUUGAAUAUAACCACAUUGAAAUUCAUUCAUUUGGCUGGUAAUAAUCUCUAUGAAUUACCUGUGGAUAUCUAUCUAUUGGAGAAUCUUGAGUUUUUGGAUGUCUCUAACAAUGAGCUCAAAGAACUGCCCUCGACAUUGGGUCUUUUGUUGCGUUUGCAACAAUUGAAUGUAUCUGGCAAUCAGCUGAGCGAAUUGCCAGUGGAGAUGAGCAGUUUGCGCAAUUUGGAACAACUGAACAUUGCCAAAAAUCAAUUUCGUAGACUUCCUCUGCAACUGAGCGAAUGCAUACGACUCAACGAGUUGAAUGUGAGCGAUAAUGAGGAUCUUAUUCAUAUACCCGAUCGCAUUUCAAAUCUACCUAUGCUGCAGUCCCUCAUCGCCGAUCGUUGUUCUCUCAUCUAUUUACCAGCAGCUCUAUCCAAGUUCAUGAACCAUGUGAGAAUUUUUCACAACACCGCCGUCAAUUAUAUACCCAUGGUCUAUGAGAAAUUCUAUCAGAAUUUCUAUGAUAACAGACAAAGAGUUACGCCCAUAAAGAUCCGCCGCAAAGGACUAUUCUGGGUGCGAGAACUCGAGACAAAUACACGACUUCUCUUGCCUGUUGGUACUCAUCGAAUCUAUCCAAUUCCUUCGGCUGAAAAUCGUGUUACCCUUUACGAUGAUUGUUUGCAUGCAUUGCAAUCGCUUAAUCGUCAUUUACCCGUCUACGAGAAUUUGGCCCUACAUCGUCAACUGCCGGAACCCUAUAUGAGUGCGCAUAUUAAUAAUGGUGCCAUUGCCCGCUGCACGACUUCCAACUGCUCGAGAUGUCUGUAUACAACAUAUUACUUUAUGGUUGUCAAGAGACGUGGUAGCACUUCCAAACAGAUCUUCACCUGUAAUUUUUGCACACAAAAUUGUGCACUUCAAUGGUUAUCUAAUAAUACAAAGAAAUACUAUCAACUCGACUGGAAGGUUUCUGAUGAUGAUGAUGAUGACGAUGAUGAUGAGGAUCUAAAUAAAUAAAG